GACCUUUAACUAUUUGGGUCAGAUUCAGACAUAAACAUGAUUACAUGAACUGAAACUUCUUACCCAAUCUGCAAUGAGUUCUUUCACUUCAUUUGUUCUAUUUCAUGUUUCGCUUCUAUGGCUUAUCAGUCUGGCCACCGCCCAGUUGAUAUGCUACACCACGGGCAACUUCACCACCAACAGCACCUACGGCAAGAACCGCAACCUCCUCCUCUCUUCUCUCUCCCACAACGUCGCCAAUGCCGGCGGCUUUUACAGCGCCGACGCCGGCCAAGACCCCGACAAGACCUACGCUCUGGCGCUCUGCAGAGGAGACAUUUCCUCCGAAGACUGUAGGAAUUGCGUCAACGUCGCGAGCCAAAUCAUCAUAAACAAUUGUACCAACCAGAAGGAAGCAAUCACAUGGUCAGGGGAGGGUCCUCUAUGCGUCGUGCGCGGCUCGGACGGUAAAAUUUUUGGAUCGGUAGCGACGACUCCCACUCGCGCGUUUUACAAUGUGGGGAAUAUCCCGACUGGAUCGGAAGAUAAGUUUCAUGAGAUUUGGGAUAAUUUGACGGAUAGUUUAGUGAUUGGGGCCUCGAUGGGUUCAAAAGAGCUGAAAUUCGCAACUGGGGAGGCGAAGGUCUCAGAUUUUUUUGAGAGGAUUUAUGCGCUGAUGCAGUGCACUCCGGAUUUAUUACAGAUGGAUUGCAGCGAUUGUCUGCGGCAGGCGGUGAUUUAUUACAGAGGAUGUUGCCGGAGUAACAUAGGUGGGGUUGUUCUCCAACCAAGUUGUGUGUUUAGAUUUGAUCUGUACCCUUUCUAUAAUUCUACUGACAGCAGCAUUACUCCGCCGCCCUCUCCUCCAGCGCCUCCCGCCAGAUUUCUUCCGCCGCCGCCAUCAACGAACAGCACAGUUACUACCAAUGGCAAAGGAAGCAGCAUAUCUCGAACUGUCGUUAUUAUUGUUUCUACAGCAAUCGCAUCUGGACUUAUUGCACUAGCUUCAAUAGCUUUUGCCCUUUUUCAAAUGAGGAAGCCGAAGGAGAAUGUUGAAGAUGAGGAUGCAGUGGAGAGUUCGGAUUCCUUGAAAUUCAGCUUAUGCACAGUAAGAACUGCAACAAAUGACUUUUCUGAUGCUAAUAAGCUUGGACAAGGUGGAUUUGGUUCAGUCUACAAGGGCAAGCUUUCAAAUGGACAAGAUAUUGCUGUUAAAAGGCUUGCUCAGCAUUCUGCGCGAGGUGAACAAGAAUUCAAGAAUGAGGUUGUGCUACUGGCUAGGCUACAGCAUAGGAAUCUCGUAAGGCUCCUAGGUUUUUGCUUUGAAGGAAGAGAGAGGCUUCUUAUUUACGAGUACAUGCCCAAUGGAAGCCUUGAUCACUUUAUUUUUGAUCCAGCCAAAUGUAGGCAGUUGAACUGGGAAAGACGCUACACAAUCAUAUGUGGCAUUGCUCAAGGAAUUCUUUAUCUUCAUGAAGAUUCUCCUCUCAGGAUAAUUCACCAUGAUCUCAAAGCAGGCAAUGUGCUAUUAGAUGGAGGGAUGAACCCUAAAAUUGCAGAUUUUGGCAUGGCAAGGCUGUUUUUGGUUGGUGUAAGUAAAGGCAAUACUAAAAGAAUUGCUGGGACAUUUGGUUAUAUGCCUCCAGAAUAUCUGAAAUACGGACAAUUCUCUAUGAAGACCGAUGUUUUCAGUUUCGGUGUCUUAAUUCUAGAGAUUAUAAGUGGCAAGAACAACAGUUCUUUUCACAAUUCUGAGCAUGUGGAGCACAUGUUAAACUAUGUAUGGAAAAAUUGGAGAGAAGGGACAUUUUCAAACAUAGAGGACAAAGCUAUGCCUAAAGGCUCAACGAGUGAAGUACUGAGGUGCAUUCAUAUUGGGUUACUGUGUGUACAAGAGAAUGCAGCCCGCAGACCCACCAUGGCCUCUGUUGUCCUUAUGCUCAAUUCUCACUCUACGAGUUUGCCAGCACCUUCUAAACCUGCAUUCUUACUGCAUAAUAGAGUGGGAGCAGAAGUGCCCUUGGUAGGCCAGAAUUCAAGGUUUACAGAUUCUGAUCAGUCCACAAAUCCAUCAAAACGUAUUUCAGUGAAUGAGGCUUCAAUUACUGAGCCAUACCCUCGCUAAGAUUUGAGUGCAUUAGAGUUCCUUUUAGGAUUAAUCAUUGUCUAAAACAAGUUAAAUUUCAAGCAAGAACACUCUAUAUAAUGGUGGGUUUUCAAUUUUCAUCACUUUAAACCACCAUUACCAUUACCAUAGUUGCAGCAGACUCAGAAAACUUUGAUUUGUAGCUAAUAUGAAAUUAUGGAACUUAGUACAUGUUAUUAGAGAAAUAUUCACUUUCCAUUUAGAGCAAUAUAUACUUUUCAUUUCUUUCAA